UUUUUCUCGGUUAUCGUAAAAAAAUAGUUAAUAUUAACGCUACGUAGUUUUUAUUUGUUUUGAAUAUACAUAAGUAUGCAUAUACAAUAAAAGAUUUUUCAAAAGGAACUUUAAGAUUUCGUUUUUCUGAUAAAAUAUAAAUUGUUGUGUGUACAGUUUAGGAAACUGACUGUCAUUAGAAACAUGCUUAUAAAGACGUUACUUUGCUGUCACGAAAAGAUAUUACUGCAACCAUUUAAUUACAUCCUAAAACUUCCUGGGAAACAGAUUAGAUCACUUUUAGCAUCUGCUUUUAAUCUGUGGUUAAAAAUACCACAAGACAAAGUUGAUUCUAUCAACGAUAUAGUAAAUAUAGUUCACAAUUACACCCUCUUAAUUGAUGAUAUCCAAGAUAAUUCAGUUUUAAGAAGAGGUUUUCCCGUAGCUCAUAGUAUUUAUGGAGUAGCUAGUACGAUAAAUGCUGCAAAUUAUGGUUCAUUUAUUGCGCUAAAAAAAGUUAUAGCUUUGGGGCAUCCAGAGGGUGCACAAGUAUAUACGGAGCAGUUGCUGGAACUUCACAGGGGGCAGGGAAUGGAAAUUUAUUGGAGAGACAAUUGUAUUUGUCCAUCUGAAACUGCAUAUAAGCAUAUGACACUUCAAAAAUCAGCUGCGCUCUUCAUUUUAAGUAUCCGAUUAAUGCAGCUAUUUUCAGAUUGUAAAGAAGACUUUAUUCCCUUACUAGAAACCAUCGGGUAUUAUUUCCAAGUUCGUGAUGAUUAUUUUAAUUUAUAUAGUGAAAAGGAUUUCAAGAACAAAAUAUACGCUGAAGAUUUGUCAGUUGGAAAUUUCAGUUUUCCUAUCGUACAUGCUAUACAAAGUCAUCCAGAAGAUACACAGAUAAUGAAUAUUUUGAGACAACGAACAAGCGAUAUUAAUGUGAAACGAUAUUGUGCUAAGCUAUUAGAAGACUUUGGUUCCUUCGCUUAUACGAGAAAUUUACUCAAAGGAUUGGAUGAAACAGUAAGAACCGAGGUUCAACGUUUAGGUGGAAAUCCUCCAUUAAUAAAAGUUUUAGAUAAGAUAGCAGUUUGAAAGGAUAAAAAUGACCAUGAGCGCUUCUGGGAAACUACAUUUACGUUCUAUUUUCUAUCGGCUCUUUUUUACUUGCUGUUUCGUGUCAGGACCGAAGCCACAAGUCUUGUUUGUGAAAAAUGUAAGCGUACUUCAUUACUUAUUUGUAUAAACAUAUAUAUACAUGUUUGCGUCUGUACCCUCUGUCCAGGAUCAUUUGGGCACAGGCCCAGAUCGCAAACAUUUCUACCUGGGAUACGGAUAUAAAUUGAUGGGCUAAGUCGGAACGAUAGUUUCGUCCCAAGCCCAUCACAUUGUGCUCCCGUGCCCACUCCUGUCCCCGAUUUGGCCCCGUCCGUCAACCAGCCUAAUCUUCCAGGGGGCAGUAGCUCUGCUCUACCUGUUCUUUGCAAACCUGUGAAGCAGCUUGUUGCUUAUACUAGCGCAGUUUACAUAGAGGAUACUCUCUCGCUCGCUUUUUGAGCAACAAACUCCUUCUCAUAUUCAGAGGAAAACGUUUUAGUUUUCACUCCUCAUUGCUACAACUACUAAUUUUUUAUUCUAAAAAUUAAUGUAGAUUGAAAAAAAAAUCUCAACAAUCCUAUCAACUGUAAAUAAAUAUUUGUUUAAUUGA